AUGUUGCAGGAGCUGAUGUUGAGAAUCCGUCAGCUUGAGACUCAUGUGAAGGUGCUUCAGAGAGCCAGCAAAGAAGAGCUCCACCUGCAUGGCAAUGCAGAGGAAAAAGAAGUUUCGUCCAAAAUGUCUUCAACAAGUAAACCAUCCAGCCCUGAAGAUCAUGUUGUCUCUCUUGAUGAACGCAGCAACUUGCUGUCGGGGGUCGGGGUGAAGGUGAGAGAAGGAAUGACAGCGCAUGAAAGACCUGGCGACAAGACCACGGAGAUACGGUACUGCAUCGUGCUGAACAGGAACCUGCCACGGGACAUCAGGGUGCUGGCCUGGGCGCCUAUAGACCCAGACUUCAGUGCGAGGUUCAGCAGCAGGAGAAGAACGUACAAGUAUUUCUUCCCCAAAGGAGACCUUAAUAUACUGCUCAUGGAAGAAGCCGGCAAAAAUUGA